AGCUUGCCUCUUUGAAUUGACUCGUGAGGCUAGGCGUGCGUAAAACAGAAGCUCCGAUUGCCCAACUAAGUCGUGAUCUGCGCGGUCCACCAUUGUUGCAAUGCGGUCCGUCCGCACAUCAGCCCUUGCUCCGAGCCUUCAGGGGAAUCUUUUGUGUUUGGGGGCAGCUUGACUUCUUUGUCGGUUGUCUUAGUCGGCACAAUGACAUUGGUGGCACCGUGACAGCAAGGUUUGAGCAUGGAAACUUGCAGUGAUCGGCAGGAGACCACUUCAUUGGCUCUAAACUGCAGUAGUGCAACACUGCGCACUGCACGUAUUAUGCAGGCUGACUCUGACUCAUGUAGCCCGAAAUCUCCCCCAGUCAAAGCAGAUUGGUUGAUAACUGUCUGUUUCCGGGUGACAAGCAAGGUCGGAGGGUAUCCCUGAUGGGAGAGGUUGGGGAUCUAUCCUUAAGGUAUUGUUAUGUCAACCAUCUGCGUAUCAUGCUCCAUGAAAUCACCUAUUUGCAAAAGAAGAAACCAAGUGGCAGCGAUGUCAAAAGAGGGAUGCAAGCAGGGUGCAGGAGGAGGCACUGACUUUUGCGUUGAUCAUGAUGGAUGGAAGCGAUGCAAGGAAGAGGGUUGUGACAAGAUUGCAGUAGGAGGCACUGAAUUUUGCGUUGGUCUUGGUGGACUGAUGGUGCUGCGAGUGAGGUUAGCUGCAUGGAAACUAAGACUUGUCCGUGUGGUACCGAAACAUCGUACCCGUUACUUACCAAUCACGAGUGUUUGACAUUAUGGGUGUGUCGCUGACAUCCAGCAUUCUCAUUUACUUGUCGCCACGACCUCCACAAAGUGCCACCAUGGAGAGGAAGAUUUGCAUCCUACUUGCGCUGCUGCGGAUUGUAAGCAGCGCUCGUGGGCUGCCGAAGCCAUCUCGGAAGAUUUCGUCAGUCCACGCGAAGCGAACCAUCGUGAACCUCCGAGGGGGCGACUUGGGGCCCGUAAAAGGCAAGACUCUCGCCACAGCUUUCAGCGUCUUGGCUGGUGGUGAUGCCAUUUGUGGCACUCUCAUGCCGCAAACAUCAAUGUCUUGGUUUGGAAUUUAUAUUCCGAAAGAUUCGUUGUCACACAAGUAUCUCCACGGCAUUGGUGCAUCAGCAGCAACAAUCGCAGCUGCCAACCUGUUGGCACUCUCGGGGAAAACUUCUGUAGAAAGAGCCAUUGGGUAUGGCGUUGCGGCUCGCAUUCUCUCCAUGACGCUCAUGAUGCUUGCAAACGACGAACGUGUGGUUGGAAUGACCUUGAAGGCGUUUGGUGUCGCUUGGGCCGUCCUGGUUUUGAUUGUCUAUUCUCUCUUUUCAGGAUCUGGUGACGCGCUAGCACUGACCAAGGUGGCCUCGAUUGUCCUUGGAAUCCAUGGCUUGUACCUGUAUCUGAAACCAGACACGAUCCUUAAACGAACUUCCAUUUCAGUGGGUCCUGAUCCCCUGAUCAAGGAGAUACUGAGCAUUGAUGGAGCCUACAUGUUUGCCAGCGCCAUGACAACGGGUCUUUUGGCCAACGGCGUGGAUCCUGUCAAGGUGGUUGGUUUCACAGCCAUUUGUUUCGUACCAGUCUUGCUCAAGUUUUUUGAAGUCAGCGAGGCGCAAAAGCCCUGGGGGACGUUGGAACAACUCGCAGGCAUGUCUGCGAUGAGUUUCACGGCGUUGGUCAUUGUUGGGACUCUCAAUGAUUAAGUAAUACGAAGCAACACCGAUUCCGACGAGCUUGGCUAGCUAGCUA